CUGAUAACUACUGCAGAUCAGAGAGUGGCUCGUUCUCUUAGCUCAGGUAUGCGUAUUUUCCAUAAACGUUUUCUCAAUCCAGAAGAAGGCUGGAAUUUAUUAAGCAAAAAUGCGUCUAAUGGAAAAUAUUGUCCGUCCCGAGAAAUUGAGUUAAUAGGAAGAAGCAUUGCUAAUAAAUGUCAGGGCAUACCACUGGCAAUUGUUUUGAUUGGUAGACUUCUGGCCACCCUCAACAACUCACCAAACCAGUGGGAGGAUAUUGAAACACAAUUCAACAAUCCAUUAAUCCGGUACAACGAUCCUUCUAGGAUCUUGUGGCACACAGUUGAAGUUUGCUACAACUAUUUGCCUAGUUAUCUAAAAGCUUGUUUUCUUUAUUUGGGAGGUUUUCCUGAGAGUACUGAAAUUCAUGUGAAAAAGUUGAUAAAGUUAUGGAUAGCUGAAGGGUUUUUAAAAUCAGAGAUGAAUAAAAGUUCCGAAGAGAUAGCUGAGGAUUAUUUGUGUGAUCUUAUCAACAGAAAGCUAGUUCAAGUUCACAAGAGGAGUUUGGAUGGAAAAAUCAAGUCCUGUAUGCUUCACGAAUCAUUACAUCAGUUUUGCUUCCAAAAAGCAUAUGGUGAUGAUGAGGAGAAUAUUAGUAAGGGGGAAUGUAAUUAUUUUCUUGGCGGGCGCCGUUGGGUAAGUAUUCAAGAUAGUUUUUGGCCAAUUACUCCAAAUCAUUUGAUCAACUCUUCAUUUAAAAUUCGUUCCCUUCUUUAUUUUGGUGAAAAUUUAUAUCUUGCAAAGUGUUGGUUGAUAUUCUCACAUUUGAAGUUGUUAAGAGUGUUGGAUUUAUCAUUAUUAAAAUAUUGGCAUGGCAUGCCUAGUGAGAUUGUGGAUUUAGUUCAUUUAAGAUAUUUAGCUUUAACAACUAUAGGUUCUCUUUGUGACUUUCAAUGGUUCAAGCUUCAAAGGUUGCAAACUCUCAUUCUCUCCUCGUGGGCAAAAGAGUGUCAAUUACAACUGCCAUGUAAUGUUUUGGAUUUGCCAUGGUUAAGGCAUGUGCGCUAUGACAAAGGAUGUUCAUCGCAUCUCCCAAACAUGGUUCAAAAAAAUUUACAAACUCUUUCUUGGUUCAAAGUUACCGGCGAGGACUCAAGAACAACAAACUUUACAAAAGUUCCAAACCUGAAAGAGUUGGGGAUCUAUCUUGAAGGUGAAGUAUUGUCUAAUGCUCUUGACAGCCUUGCUCAGUUAUGUCGCCUUGAGAAGUUAAAGAUUAAAAUGGGAAGGGUAGAGCGGUUUAAUCUCCCAAAUUCUUUUCCAUCAAACCUCAAGCAAUUGACCCUUAAUAAUACGUAUCUUUCUUGGGAAGAUAUGGACAUUAUUGGCAAGUUACCCAACCUUGAUUUACUCAAAUUGAAAGAUUUUGCCUUUCGCGGCCCAGAGUGGACACCCAAGGAUGGGGAGUUUCUACAACUACGGAUAUUCCUUAUUGAGCGCUCUGAUCUCGAACAUUGGAAUGCAAAUGCAAACCAUUUCCCAGAGCUGGAGCGUCUAAUUCUAAGAUAUUGUUCGGACUUGGAAAAACUUCCAAAUGAUUUUAAGGAGAUUCGUACAUUGCGAUUAAUUGAGUUAGGGAAUUGUUGUUCUUAUCUUGUCACUUCAGCAAAGGAGAUCCAACGACAAGCGGAACGAGACUUUGGAUAUAAAAGAUUUAUUGUUCGUGAUGUAACUAAGGUUGAGCUGCCAACCAAUGAAAGCUCAGGUAAAAUGGUUUGAGUCUGCAAUUUGGUGAUUUUGUGUUUAAGCUAAUCUGGUUUAGGCAAGGGAAUCAUAAACAAGUUACAGUGAUGCAUUGGCUUCCCAGAAAUGCAUCCUGGCUGGCUGAAGUUGUGGUAUGCUCAUUUGCGCUGCUUGUCUGUUAUUAAAAGGAUGUUUCAUUGGGUUGAUGUUGGAGUUCAUCUUCCAUAAUAAGUGAUAGUCUGUCUAUUACUAGAUUGUGAGAUUCAUUGAAGUGUUAGUGUAAAUUAAAUAUGAUUUGGUUUUGGUUGAGAUGUUAGUUCUGAACUUUAUUAUCCAAACUAUGAUUCAUUGGGCUUGUAUGUCUGUUAUCACAAUGAUGUUUCAUUGGGGUCUUUGAGUUGCUGUUGGAGUUCAAUGUUGUUUGGUUGGUUGAACUGUUAUUGUAUUAAAAUAAUAGUUCAUUGAAAUGUUAAUGUUGUAUUUUGAAGUUUUA